AUGCUGAAAAGGUUCAACAAGGAGGAGGUUGGUGAUGUUGUCUUGAAGUACAGGGAGGCUAAGGAGGACUUUAGUAGAGCUCAGGAGGCUUUGGCAGCUAACCCGACUGAUCUGUCUCUGCACCAUUUAGCUUCUCAAGCUCAACACAAAGUUUUAGUAUUGCAGAUCUGUUAUGCUAGUUAUCUUAAACAGCAGAGUAAGAUUAAUUGGCUCAAGUUUAAUGAUGAAAAUUCGAAAUUCUUUCAUGCGUUUAUGAGGAAGAGGAAGGUUGAUAAUAGAAUUACUUCCUUCUCUAUUGGAGGCAUCAUAGAAGAAGAUUAUCCUAAAGUGGUUGAGCACUUUCUUUCCCACUUUAAGAAUUUUAUGGGGAAGAGAAGUUGGACUUCUAAGGAGAUUGACAGUAACUGUAUUAGCCAGGGUAAUCGGUUGUCUGUAGACCUGCAAGUCAGUUUAGUGAGACCUUUUACCAAAAGAGAUGUGAGGAAGGCUCUUUUUAGCAUUCACUCCUGUAAAAGUCCUGGUUUGGAUGGAUUUGGCUCGGGUUUCUUUAAGGGGUUAUGGUCAGAUAUUGGAGAUGAAAUUUCCACUGCUGUGUUGGAAUUUUUUCAGGGUGGGUACUUGCCGAAGGAGCUGAAUGAAACUGAUCUCCUUAAGGGAUACACUAGAAAGAAUAUUUCAGCCAGGUGCUUAAUGAAGAUUGAUCUGAGUAAGGUGUAUGACAAUGUUGAUUGGCUUUUUGUGGGAGAUUUGCUUAAGCAACUUUACUUCCCUUCUAGAUUUAUUGGCUGGAUUCUAGCUUGCUUAAAGGGUACCAACUAUAAUCUGUUAAUGAAUGGGAGAAUUCAGGGCUCUUUCAAAGGGGAAAAAGGCCUUCGGCAAGGGGACCCUAUGUCUCCUCUUUUGUUUGUGAUAGUUAUGGAGUACCUUACUCGCCUUUUAGCGUAUUACUCUGAUAAAAAAGGCUUUGGUUUUCAUCCUUUGUGCAAGCAUAUUAGGUUAACUAACCUUUGUUUCGCAGACGAUUUGAUCAUGUUCUGUAAAGGGAAUGUCAGUUCAGUGAGGAAGAUUCAUGAGGCUUUCACUGUGUUUUGUGAUUCUACUGGGCUUUCUGCGAAUAAAUCUAAAUCCCAUAUCUAUUUUGGAGGGGUUAAAGAUCCCAUCAAAGCGCAGAUUCUUGAGAUGUUGCAAAUGGAAGAAGGAUCCUUUCCGCUGAGUUACUUGGGGGUUCACCUUCGACCUACUAAGUGGAAAGCUUCAGAUUGUGGGGUGAUUCUGGAUAAGUUGAAUAAGAAGCUUAAUUGUUGGGCGAGUAGAAAUUUGUCUUUUGCUGGUCGGGCUCAACUUAUUCACUCAGUCCUGCUUGGCAUUAGGAAUUUUUGGAUGAGUAUAUUUAUUCUUCCGUCCAAAAUCACUGCUGCCAUUGAUAAAAGUUGUCGGGAUUUUUUGUGGGGUUCUAUUGGGAAUAGAAGCAAGUUGCAUCUCCCUUCUUGGGAAAAGGUUUGUCUCCCUAAAAAACUGGGUGGUGUUGGCUUCCGUGAAGGUAAGAAAUGGAACAUGGCGUUGAUGGCUAACUUCAUUUGGGCGAUAUCUUCAAAACAAGACUGCCUUUGGGUUAAAUGGAUUAGUUCCAUUUAUCUGAAGGAUUUUGACAUUUGGAAAGUUCCUAUUAGUCCGGAUAUGUGCUGGUAUGUUAAGAAGUUGUUGAGGCUUAGACAAGUCAUUGAUGAGGGAUGCUUGCAGCAAGCUGUUAAGGGAGGUAAAGUUAGUAUCAAACAUGUUUAUUCCUCUCUUAUUUCUGCUACCUCUGUGGGUUAUGCUGAUACUGUGUGGAACAAGCUUAUUGUGCCCAAACAUAGAUUCUUUUACUGGCAGAUAUUCAACAGGCAACUUCUUACAAGAGAUCACCUGAGCCGAUUCUUGACUUUAACAUCUGCUCUCUGCCCUGUUUGUGAGUCUGAUUUAGAAACCCAUAGCCAUCUGUUCAUGGAGUGCAUCUUCUCCAGGAAAGUUUUUGAGGAGAUUGGUAAGUGGUUGGGGUAUUUCCACUGGCCAGAUUCGAAUGGUUGUAUUUUCGAUUCUGCUUGUAAAAUGGCCAGUAGAUUAAGUAUGGAUAUCAAGGAUUCGGUUAAGCAUAGAGUGUUGAGCUUGGGUACUCUUUCUCAUAGGAAAAAGGAUAUGUACUUUCGUAUGGUUGUUGAGAGCUGGUAG